AUGGGGCGCAUCUACUCGACUGCCCACAGCACCGUCAUCCACUUCGGCCAUCUCACGCCCGACGUCACUGAAAUGUUUUCCGUACCCCGUGAUUUCGCUCCCGAGCCCGAGACGGAAGACGGGGAAAGUACCGCCGUCGCUGCGAUAGGGGGAACGGGGCGAGGGCCUUGGAGCCUGCUGUCCAAAACGUGGUUCGAACGCGUCUGGGUUUUUCAGGAGCUGGUCCUUUCGAGAGAUCCCUGGGUUCAAUGUGGCAGCCGGCGGAUACGAUGGCGUGAGUUUUGCGCCUACUUCCUCGGUGGCGGCUCGGGCUCGUCGCCGAGGGCGCAGAAUGAUGAGGAGAGGCAGCGCGUCCUGGCAGAUAUGAACUCAUGCUGGGCCAGCCAGUCGAGGCUCCCCCUCCACCGCGCCGUCAAGGCGCGACGAGGCCUAGGCGCGACGAACCCGGCCGAUUUCGUCUACGCUACAUUUGGCAUCAUUAGUGAUCUCCAGACUGUUGAGCGGUACCUCACGGUCGAUUAUGACAUGUCGGUUGGCCGUACGUUUGGCAAAGUUGCCGAGUACAUGUUUUACGAGCUCGGUGUUGAGCAGAUGAUGUUUCACGUAGACGAUGCUCCCGCUUCUCAACGGGUAGAAGGGCUUCCUUCCUGGGCGCCGGACUGGAAACUAGAAGCUUCUUACACGAAGAGGAAUCCGCUGUGCAUGGUCCAGGACAAUAGCCUGAGCCGGAUCAGAGUGAAGAAGGGAGUCCACCAUGCCUUUACUCAGUCUUCGAACAGUGAUUUGCCGCUUGUUCUGGGGCACAUUGGCAUGAAGGUGGAUAAGAUCAAGCACGUUAGCUGUGUCUUGCCUGCUGGUCUGCAGAAUUCGCACCUGACUGCAGACUACGAUGCCGCGAAAUCAGAGUUAAUGGAGAUGUAUAGAAAUGCCUACGCCUCCGGAGACAGGUUUGGUCAGUAUCGACAUGUUCCGCUCAAGGGCAAGGAGGCUGAGCACGAGCGUCUUUGCCACGUUGUCAGAAAUACCUGGGUCCAGGCAUUCGGAACCUUCGGCGGGCAGUUCACUUCUGCUACUGUUUCAAGCACCCGCCAGCAACAAGCAGAUGCCGGCUUCGUCCAAGUCCUAUCAGAGUGGCUGGCUUCAGAAGCGACCAAGAAGCGCGAGUUUGUGGGUUCGGGCACCAGCGGUGUCAUCAAACGUCUGUACGGAUACUUUGCCAGGAUAAAGGGUGACUCCGACCUCGAAGGUAGACGAUUGGCCUCGACGAGAGACGGCAGGAUGAGUGUUGUGCCGGCGCAAGCUUCGGUAGGGGACGCGAUUGCGUAUCUAGUAGGCAGCAACACGCCCGUCGUGUUUCGCCCAAAGGACGCUGGGGUUCACGGGCCAGAGAUUCAACGUAUGUUGUUGGAGUCCCUGAGGGAGCCUGGCUGUGGCGUCGUCACGAUGAUGAACGAGCAGAAGGAGGAGGAGUUGUGGAGGGUUCCUGGGCAGGGUGAUGUCUCGUUUGAGCACUUGUCAGUUGUUGGGGAGGCGUAUCUUGAUGGGCAUGUGGGCUGGGCUUUGAAGUAUUUGCCUAAAGAGUCUGACACGCGGAUCUUUGCACUGCAUUGA